UUCAACCCCCCCCCAGGGCAUCAUGGGUGUUAUCCAGAGGUGAACAAAAAAAAGGUGAGUUGGCUUUCUGGCUAAACGUCACUGAAUGACACGGUGCUCAGGAGGAGGAGAGGAGGAGGAGGAGGGCGUUUCCUCCCUCCCUUCCUCCCUCCCUCCUCGCUGCCGCUGCAGAUCGAUGUGUCGGAGCUUGUACCUGAGGACUGAACCUUACCUGUGGAUCCUCUCCCGGCAGCAGCACCAUGGGGAUCUCCGCGUCCAGUCUGCUGGAUGAGACCAAAUCCAACUACAUCAAAGGCCAGGCUGAGACCACGCUGAAGGAGUUCAGCCCGUACUACAGGAAGCAGUUCUCUGUGGCCCGUUUCUCUCAGGUUGAAGAUGACCUGGAGCAGCGGAAGGAGAAAAUCACGCAGCUCCUCAACCAGAAGGAGGCUACUGAGGAGGGCGAGGUGCUAUACGAAGAGGCGGUCCUUUUCUUUGACGAAACCAGGAAGUGGAAGGAGAGGUACGUGGUGGUGAGAGCCAACUACUGCCUGGAGUGUCACGACAGCCUGGAGACUUUUUUAAAAGGGAUGCCUCCACGCCAGAAAAUGCUGCCUACAGGGGGCAGUGUUCUGACCACAGAGGAGAAGUACAUGGCCAUGGUGGACAAGUUCUUCACUGAUGACACCAAUGUGAAUGAGGACUUUGCUCCUCCUCUCUCUGGGAUGCCGGGACAGUUUCCCGUCUACCUGCGUCUUCCCUACAGGAGGGACUCCUACUUCUGCUUCAAACAGCAGGCCAAGCAGGACGCCUUCCUCUCCAUCCUGUCAGACUGCAUCAGGCACCAGAACCAGGACUUCCUGAAGAAGAAGACGUGUGAAGUGCAGGCCUUCCUCAAAGCCAUCCAGCUCUACAGACAGGACAAAGACAGAUACGAGUCCUGGGACAUGCUGAUAGGAAGUGAUGUCAGGGUGAUGGCCAACGUGGUGAUGGAGCAGCUGCUGCCGUCUCUGGAGAAAGACAUGCUGCCUCGCCUCAAGGCCAAGAAGACAGAGAAGAAGAGAGUGUGGUUUGCUACGGUGGAGGCGGCCUACAUCCUGAUCCAGGAGCAUCUGCUGGAGGGACUUUCCGCACUGAAGGAGGAAUGUCGAACAUCGCUCCGGCAGCAGGAGGUUCUCAUCCACUCCGACAUGGACCAGAUCCUCGAGUCCCGAUGGCAGCUGGAGGAGAAAGUCAGAGCCAAAGUAUCGGAGCCAGCAGAGAAGCUGUGCUGUGAGUCGGUGCAGCCGUACUUGGGCUCUGUGCUGGAGGAGCUGAUGGAGCCCGUCAGCUCAGGCUUCCAGGAGGGACGGCAGCUGAGUGAAACCAUGAUGGACCAGCUGUGCCAGGACGUCAUGAUGCUGGUGGACAAUGAGCAAGUGAAGGAGGCUCUUGCAAAAAUGGCGAGACCGAACCUGCUGAGCUGCUACCAGAAGAUCGGCUCCCUACAGGAGAAACUGCAGCACCUGCAGGAGAGGUUCGGCUUCUCCAACAUCAAGGGAGUGAUCCACAGCGCUCAGAUCGACCUGCAGCAGCUGAUGGAGAAUGCAGCCCACACGUUUGGGCAGCUGCUCAACAAAGCGGUCCAGGAUAACCCUGACAACCCCGGCUCUGCCAUCAACAAGGCCAAACACAGAGUGCUCAAGCAAUAUGACCAUGACAGCAGCACGGUGAGGAAGAGGAUCUCCAGGGAGGCUCUCGUCUCCAUCACUCUGCCCUACAUCAAGAAGAACCUGGCCCCCACCUGCAAAACUGAGCUUCAGAGUCUCGAGCAGACCAUCGACGGUGACCACUCCAACUACAUCCAUGUCGAGAACGUUUACGAGAUCAUCCUCCUGCAAACUCUGGACAAGGAGGUCACUAAAGUGGUGAAAGAGGCAGCUAGCCUGAAGAAGUACAACCUGUUCACAGACAGCAGAGACCUCCUCAGUCAGUCCAGCCGCUCCAGCCUCUCCUCCCCCUCGCCGGCCGCCUCCACUCCCAACAGCCCCGCCAUGAUGCUCGCCUCCCCCAUCAGAACCUCCUCUGAGCCCCCACCCCUCUCUCCUCUUGCAGUCAAUGGUCUGUCAUUCAGCCCCAAGAAGGAAGAGAAGAUGGAUAACGGUGUGCUGUCAAGCGAAGCCUCGACGGAUGUGACCGCCAUUGAGACACCUCUGGGGAAGGUGGAAGAAAAAGAUGCAGCUCCAACUGUCAGUGAGGAGGCAACACCAACCAAAGCAGAAGAAGUCGUCCAAGCCGUGAAGGAAGAAGAAGGCCUCCCUGUUUCACUGGAGACACCAGAGGUAACAGACACAGCUAAAGAGAGUGAGACCCAGGAAGUGAAUGUAGAAGCGGCACCUGAGACAGUGAUCCAAGAUAAUGUGUUUGCAGUAGAGGUGGCUGCUGAGCCUCAGAUGCAGACCACAGCAGCUCCAAGAGAGACAGAAAUCACUUUGUCCGAAGUGCCCACUGUUGUAGAAAGUAAAAAGAAAGAAGAAGAAGAAGCAGCAUCUACAGAAGCUCCUCUACCAAGUCUUGAUUCUUCUACUGAACCAGAACAUGGUCCUGUAGCAGUUGCGGAUUCUUCUGUUGAACCAGAAAAAGCUCCUGUACCAAGUUCUGAAAAAAUGAUUGAACCAGAAAAAGCUCCUUUACCAAGUCCUACCAUUGAACCACAAAACACUUCCGCAGAAGAAGCUGCUUGCCAAACGUUAGCCAGCAGUGAAGAAGAGUCACACUGUGUAAACUCAGAAAUCAAGUUAGAGGCUCCCUCUAGUGGUGAAACGCGUGCACUCACACCUGAAGACAUCAGCCUGGACCUGAAGAGACGGGAAGAAGAGACAGUUACUGUCUCUAACCCUAAUUCUCUGGAUGUGUCAGUGGGAAGUGAGUCUGCCCCGUCCGAUGUGGAGUCCAUGGAGGAAGGGAGAACAACGCAGAGCAGUGGGGACGAAGUCUCAACGACCUCGGACGUCUUGGAUGAGGCCAACAUGAGUAAUUCACCCGUCAGCUCAGACGAGCAGCCUGAGGACAAGAUAACAGUCGAUGAUCCGUGUCGUGAGGAACAGACAGAAGCUGUGAGUGAGGACAUUGAGGCAGGUACGAACGUAGAGCCGCUGGUGGAGGCAGAAGAGUCUACAACCUCUCAGCCAGAUGAGUCUACACCCUCUCAGCCUCCCGAGCCCACAGAAGCAGAAACUUCCAUCAGCCCUGAAGCAAGGCCCAUUGAUAGCGUCAAGGCAAUCCGUGACCUGGUGAUGGAGGUGAUUGAGGUGGAGGAGCUGGUGAAGCGUUACCCAAGUGGAGUUCCAACAGAGGAGGAAUGAAGCAUCACAACUGCAUCACUGUGCUUUCGACAAGACGAGAGACAACAUAAUUAGGAGUCUUCUGCUAAAGGGAACCAAAUUAUUUCAAGAAUUAUUACAUACGGUAAUACGGUAGCCUCAAACAGACCUGGAGUCAAAAUGUUUGUUCGCAGAGCAGAAACAGGAAAAUACUCCUGAAAAACAUUCACAAAUGCUUCCAUUAACUCUUUUUUUUAAAGCCCAUAUGCAUGAAAUUAUGGUUAAUUAUUUAUACAACUCAUUUACACAAAUCAAUAUAAUCAGCUCUUUCAGGUGUAUAACAUCAUCAAGUUUCUGUCUCUCAGAGACUUAGCACCGACUUCUUUAGAGAAACUAGAUUUAUAACUAUUUUACCAAGAUUAUGAAGAACUUUAUGGAACUAUCAUUAUGCUGUGGUAGAUUAUGAAUUUACUUUGGAAUAAAGUGUAUAAGGAUGUUCUACAAUGUCAGCGUUGGGAGGUGAAGAUGGAUAGCACUCUGAUAUCUAUGCUUGAGUCAGGGCAUGGUUAGCCUAGCUUAGCAUAAAGACACAGGGAAACAACUAGCUGGGCUUUAACCAAAGUUUAAAAUGACAUCUAGCAAAGCUUCAGAAGCUUAUCCAUUAACAUGUCUUACCUUUCUUUCAUUUCAAGACCAACAGAAAUGUUAAACAAUUGGCUUUGAACUAAAGACUUCAUCAGAGUUGUUAUGCUAAGCUAGGGUAAACUUCAUGACUCCAGUUAUGCAAGACACAAGAUUUUGUACUGUCUGAACAGCUCACUUUUGGGGGAAAAAGCAAUGUUGAACUAUUUCUCUAAACAGACUACAAGAGAACCUUCACACUAUUGUUGUUAAAUCAGUGAGUUUUUCAUGAUUUAGAAACCAAGAUAACAGAUAUUUUUAAUAUAUUAGCACAAAUAAAUAAAUACCAUUCCCAAAUUGAUUUAAAGCUGUAGAUUUGGCCCAUUGUUUUCUCUUAAAUGUGCUUUAUUUUGGACCUACUGAAGGACUUUGAACUUACAAAGAAACUGAAGAAGUAGCGUAUCCAAGUGCCUCUACAUUACCUCCGUGUUGCCUUCACAUGCCUUACGUCACAUGAAGGAAAGCAGCUGCUGUCUGCAGUACAGACGGGUCCUAGUUUGAACACCUGUGCCUUUUAACCUGUGCAGAGCAUCUUACACAGAUAUGGUUAGUAGGAAAGUUUACAGUGAGAGUAAACCAUAUGACCUUCUACUGUAAAUCCGAUGAAUGUUGGUUAAUGAAAAAUGUGUGUGGAAAUGUAUAAAUAAUAAAAAGAUUCUAUUAAACAAA